AUGCUACGAAACUCUUAUUACGGGAUGAUUUUCUUGGUCGCAUCUAUAGGGAGAGUUGCGCCUGGCCUCGCCUCAACCGUCCCUAAACCAUCGCAUAUAUUCCCUCGUGAAGCAAUAUUGGAGAUUGGCGCAGGCGCAGGCGGCACUGAACUUAAACCUAGGUAUACGGAUACUGGUUUUUUCGAAGCUGCCACCAAUAAAUUCGCUGACUUUGAGGAAAAGAUGGUCUUCAAGACCCUAGAAAUAGGGAAUAAUGUCUCUUCCCAGAAGUUCAAAGAGAAUUUCUACGAUAUUAUUAUCGCGACUAACGUCUUACGGGCCACACCUAAUAUCAGCACCACUCUGGAGACUACACGGUCUCUUCGGAAACCCAGCGGCUUCUGCUUCUGGCGGAAACCACUGGUCUCCAAACCAUGCGCACCCCAUUUGUGA